AUGUCUGAAUCCAAGAGCACAUCUUGGGCAGAUGAGGUUGCAUCACCCACUACUGAAAAAAAUGAGGGAAACCCUUUGGAGGAGGCGCAACUUGAUGGUGCUACUGAGCCUUUGGGAGGUGGUACUCUCCAGGACGGCCAAUAUGAGGUCGAGGUUAAACUCAGCGAUAUUCAAGGCGAUCAAACAAGUCCCUUGUAUUCUGUAGAGACUUUUGAGCAGUUGGGAAUUGAUGCCUCAAUUCUCAAAGGUCUUUAUGCGAUGAAUUUCAAAAAGCCUUCCAAGAUCCAAGAAAAAGCCCUUCCACUCUUACUUCGCAACCCACCAACAAAUAUGAUUGCGCAGUCACAAUCAGGCACAGGAAAGACUGCUGCGUUCGUUAUCACUAUUUUAUCACGUCUCGACUUUUCGAAGCCAACUACUCCCCAAGCAUUAUGUUUAGCACCAAGUCGCGAACUUGCCCGCCAAAUCGAGGGCGUCAUCAGAAGCAUUGGGCAAUUUGUUGAUGGCUUGACUGUACAAGCAGCCAUUCCAGGUGCGGUGGAGCGAAAUACCAAAGUAAAUGCAAUGGUUAUUGUAGGGACACCUGGUACAGUAAUGGACUUGAUCAAGAGAAGAUCGAUCGACGCAUCUCAGAUGAAAAUACUAUGUUUGGAUGAGGCAGACAACAUGUUGGAUCAGCAAGGUCUUGGAGAUCAGUGCAUGCGAGUCAAAUCGAUGAUUCGAGUCGAGCAGAUCCUACUCUUUUCCGCGACUUUUCCCGAUGAGGUCUACGGCUUUGCUCAGGAUUUUUCGCCUCGUGCAAACGAGAUUAAGUUGAAGCGCGAUGAACUUACUGUGUCUGGAAUUAAGCAGAUGUUCAUGGAUUGUCCCAACGAGAUCGGGAAAUAUGAGAUUCUGGUCAAGCUUUAUGGUUUAAUGACAAUCGGUUCCUCGAUCAUUUUUGUCAAGCGAAGAGAUACAGCCAGUAACAUUGCUGAACGUUUGACAAAGGAAGGACACAAGGUUGUUGCGGUUCAUGGUGCUUUUGAAGGUUCAGAACGUGACCAAGUACUUGAAGAUUUCCGUCAAGGGAAGGCCAAGGUUCUCAUCACUACAAAUGUUCUUGCCCGAGGUAUCGAUGUUCAAUCUGUCUCUAUGGUCAUCAACUAUGACGUCCCUAUGAAGGGCCGAUCAGAUUCAGAGCCAGACCCGGAAACCUACCUUCACCGUAUCGGUCGAACCGGAAGAUUCGGACGUGUCGGUGUCAGUAUCAGCUUUGUCUUCGACAGAAAGAGUUAUGAUGCACUCAACCAAAUCGCAAAUCAUUAUAAUAUUGAUCUUAUCAAGCUCAACCAAGAUGAUUGGGAUGAAACGGAAGAGAUUGUGAAGAAGGUCAUUAAGUCAAGCCGUGCUGGUACCAAUUUACAGUCUUAG